AUGGAAGCGCCCAGCAGCAGAUUGGAGCCGCCACCGCUCCCCGAGUACAGCUGCAGCUACGUGGUGUCGCGGCCGGUCUACAGCGAGCUCGCCUUCCAGCAGCAGUACGAGCGGCGCCUGCAGGAGCGCAAGACGCUGCGGGAGAGUCUGGCCAAGGGCUGCAGUUGUUCGAGAAAGAGAGGCCUGGCUGUGUUGAAGACUCUCUUGCCCAUCCUCGACUGGCUCCCCAAGUACCGAAUCAAGGAAUGGCUGCUUAGUGACAUCAUCUCGGGAGUUAGUACUGGCCUGGUGGGCACCCUGCAAGGCAUGGCGUAUGCUCUCCUGGCUGCCGUUCCUGUUGGAUAUGGUCUCUACUCUGCUUUUUUCCCUAUCCUAACAUAUUUUAUCUUUGGAACAUCAAGACACAUCUCAGUUGGGCCUUUCCCUGUGGUCAGUUUAAUGGUGGGAUCUGUUGUUCUGAGCAUGGCCCCCGACGAACACUUUCGCAUAUCCAGCAGUAAUGGCACUGCAUUCAAUGCCACCCUGAUAGACUCUGAGGCUAGAGACGCAACAAGAGUAUUGAUUGCAAGCACCCUUACUCUUCUGGUUGGCAUCAUACAGUUGAUAUUUGGAGCUUUGCAGAUCGGAUUCAUAGUGAGGUACUUGGCAGAUCCUUUGGUUGGCGGAUUCACAACAGCUGCUGCCUUCCAAGUGCUCGUCUCACAGCUGAAGAUCGUUCUCAACGUUUCGACCAAAAACUAUAAUGGCGUUCUCUCCAUUAUCUAUACUCUGAUUGAGAUGUUUCAAAAUAUUGGCCACACCAAUCUUGCUGAUUUUAUUGCUGGAUUACUCACCAUUAUCAUCUGUAUGGCAGUUAAGGAAGUAAAUGAUCGAUUUAAGCACAAAAUUCCAGUCCCUAUUCCUAUAGAAGUAAUUGUGACAAUAAUUGCUACAGCCAUUUCAUAUGGAGCCAACCUGGAAAAAAAUUACAAUGCUGGCAUUGUUAAAUCCAUCCCACGGGGGUUUUUGCCUCCUGUACUUCCACCUGUGAGCUUGUUUUCCGAGAUGUUGGCUGCAUCGUUUUCCAUCGCCGUGGUGGCCUAUGCUAUUGCAGUGUCUGUAGGAAAAGUAUAUGCCAUCAAGUAUGAUUACACCAUCGACGGGAACCAGGAAUUCAUUGCCUUUGGGAUCAGCAACAUCUUCUCGGGAUUCUUUUCUUGUUUUGUGGCCACCACCGCCUUGUCCCGCACCGCUGUCCAGGAGAGCACAGGGGGAAAGACACAGAUUGCCGGCAUCAUCUCGGCUGGGAUUGUGAUGGUCGCCAUUGUUGCCCUGGGGAAGCUGCUGGAACCCUUGCAGAAGUCGGUCUUGGCAGCUGUUGUAAUCGCCAACCUGAAAGGGAUGUUUAUGCAGGUGUGUGACAUUCCUCGUCUGUGGAGACAGAAUAAGAUCGAUGCCGUUAUCUGGGUGUUUACGUGCAUAGCGUCCAUCAUUCUGGGGCUGGACCUCGGUUUACUAGCUGGGCUCAUGUUUGGAUUACUGACUGUGGUCCUGAGAGUUCAAUUUCCCUCAUGGAACAGCCUUGGAAGCAUUCCUAGCACAGACAUUUACAAAAGUACCAAGAAUUACAAAAAUAUUGAAGAACCUGAAGGAGUGAAGAUUCUUAGAUUUUCCAGUCCUAUUUUUUACGGCAACGUUGAUGGUUUUAAAAAAUGUAUCAAGUCCACAGUUGGAUUUGAUGCCAUUAGAGUGUAUAAUAAGAGACUGAAAGCACUGAGGACAAUACAGAAACUCAUCAAAAAAGGACAAUUAAGGGCAACAAAGAAUGGCAUUAUAAGGGAUGCUGGUUCAUCAAAUGAUGCUUUUGAGCCUGAUGAAGAUGUUGAAGACCCAGAAGACCUUGAUAUCCCAACCAAGGAAAUAGAGAUUCAAGUGGAUUGGAACUCUGAGCUUCCGGUUAAAGUGAAUGUUCCCAAAGUGCCAAUCCACAGCCUCGUGCUUGAUUGUGGAGCUGUGUCUUUCUUGGAUGUUGUUGGAGUGAGAUCAUUGCGAAUGAUUGUCAAAGAAUUUCAAAGAAUUGAUGUAAAUGUGUACUUUGCAUCGCUUCAAGAUCAUGUGAUAGAAAAACUGGAGAAAUGUGAUUUCUUUAAUGAUAACAUUAGAAAGGACAUAUUCUUUUUGACGGUCCAUGAUGCUGUCCUCCAUCUACAGAACCAGGUUAAAUCCCAAGAGGUUCAAGAUUCCAUUUUAGAAACGAUUACGCUCAUCCAAGACUGUAAAGAUCCUCUUGAAUUAAUGGAAGCAGAGCUGAUUGAAGAAGAACUUGAUGUCCAGGAUGAGGCUAUGCGUAGCCUUGCUUCCUGAAAGUGGGCUCAGGAGGUUGCUAUAAGCCGGGACUGCAAGGCAGAAUUUACCCACCAACGUAAUUCUAUGCAAACAUUUUCUGCAUGGACUAUUUCUUUGGACUUGAGACACUCAUUCUCUUUCCAUUCGAUUUUUUUUGAAAAAUCUUUUUUCUUUUUUAACUUCUUAGCCAAUGAAAGAGAACGACUAAGAUUUAUUUUUAAGGCUUGAUUUAUAAAGUAAAUAGCUUACCUCUACAAUGCGCAAAACGGUCAAGAUUAUCCAGAUGAUUUAGCAAUGUCCAGGAUCUGCUGAUGUUAUGCUGCUGUUCCUUCAUAUCAGAUUUGCUAACAGUGCUCUAGUGGGGACUGGUGUACCCCUGUUUAGUCGGGGUAAGUGUGCCCCAACAGUCUCUGUGGG